CCUCGGCACGCGGCGGAGGAUGCUGGCGACCCGAAUGCUAAUUCUGUCGUCCUGGAGUGAGGAAGUCUCACUGGAGGCGAUUCUGUCGGUGGAAAGCAUUUUCCUCGCUGAUAAAGAAUUUGUAUGGUCUUUGUGGAAACGUCUCCAAGUAACAAGCCCUGAUCUCACACAUGCUGUUGGUUUGGUUGUGGAAAGAGAAAAACAGAAAUCUGAAGCUAAGGAUAGAAAAGUUCUGGAAAUUUUGCAGGUCAAGGAUGCAAAUAUACAAGAAUUGCAACAGAGAGAAUCAUUACUAAAACAGGAAAUAAAUGACCUUGUAAAACAGAAGAUUGAAGUAGAUGAAGAAAAUGCUUUCUUGAGAAAAGAAUUCAGUAACUUGCAAAAGAAAUUUGAAGAUAAAAGUCAAGAAGUUAAGGACACUAAGGAGUGUGUACAGAAUAAAGAAGAGCAGAACAGACUGCUUAUAAAAAAUCUGGAGGGAGAAAAUGAGAAAUUGAGUAUCUGCUGUGCUGACCUGCUAAAUGACCUGGAGAAACUGAGGAAGGAGGAAACACAUUGGAGAAAAGAAAAAUGCAGCAUUGAUGCAAAAGUAAAGGCCUUUGAAGAGAAUUUAAUCGAAGCAAGAAAAGAAAUCGAAGUAUCACAGAGUAAAUAUGAUGCUCUAUCUUUACAAUUGAAUAAUAAACAGAGUGAACUUCUCCAAAAGGAUGUGGAUAUUUCGUCGGUCAGGAAAGAAUUGCAGGAACUGCAGAAUCUUUACAAACAGAACAGUGCACACACAGUGCAGCAAGCAGAGCUGAUCCAGCAGCUUCAGGCUCUCAAUAUGGACGCACAGAAAGUUCUGAAAAAUCAGGAAGAUGUUCACACAGCUGAAAGUGUAUCGUAUCAAAAACUUUACAACGAGUUACAUAUUUGUUUUGAAACCACAAAGUCAAGUGAAGCUACGCUCCGGCAAAGUGUUGCUAAUCUUCAAAAUCAGCUAGUUAAAAAAGAACAAGAAAAUGCAAAAUUAAAAGAAAAACUUCAGAAUUUGCAAGAAGCACCCUGUCCUUUACCUAAAGAAGAAGAUUCAGACCACUCAGUCCAGGUAUCUCAACACCCAUCAUUAUCAAGCUUGGAAACAUUAAUGGUCUCACAGAAGUCUGAAAUUGAGUAUUUACAGGAGAAACUGAAAAAAGCAAAUGAAAAGCUGUCUGAGAACAGAUCUGCCAACAAGAGCUCCUCAGAGAAGAGCAUCAUGACAAGUGCUGAAGGGAAAUAUAAGGAACCACCUGUGAAACGUUCAAGGUCUUUGUCCCCAAAGAGCUCUUUCAGAGACUCGGAGGAGCUAAGGAAGCUGAGGAAAGCUGAGAGGAAGAUUGAAAGCUUAGAGAAGGUGCUACAGAUAAAGAGCCAAGAAAAUGAUGAGCUAAGAGAAGCCCAUGAAAAACGCAAAGAAAGACUACAGAUGUUACAGACCAACUACAGAGCAGUAAAAGAGCAAUUAAAACAGUGGGAAGAAGGCAGUGGCAUGACUGAUAUCAGAAAAAUACAGAGAGCAGAUCCUCAACAACUUCAACAAGAAGACUCUGAUGCUGUAUGGAACGAACUGGCUUAUUUCAAGAGGGAGAACCAGGAGCUAAUGAUUCAAAAGAUGAAUCUUCAAGAAGAAUUGGAUGAACUUAAAGUACAUAUAUCUAUUGAUAAAACAACGAUACAAGAAUUGAAUAGAUGUAUAGCUGAAAAAAGAGAAGAACAGCUCUUUAGAUGCUAUGAAGAUGAUGGGGUCAAGCAGAGUACUUCAGAGAAGAAUGGGAAAGAAAUGUCGGAGCAGACCUUACGGAAGGUCAUUGAAUUGGAAAAUCGGCUAAAGUCUUUUGAGAAAACAUCAAAAAAAAUAAAAGAAGGAAAUAAACAAUUAGUGAAAGAAAAUGAUUUCUUGAAAGCCCAUUUAAAACAGCAUCAAGAAGAUGCAGAGAACAGAAAAAAAGAGCUAGAACAGCUAAUAAAGAGGAGUAGAGAUGCAGAAAAAGACAAAACUAAACUUGAAGUAAAAGUCAGUGAGCUGGAGAGAGAAGUCACUUCUCUAAGACAAAUGGCAGAAGCCAGUGCAUCCAGAAGUGAAAAUGAAGAGCUGAUGAAUCCAGGGGAAAAAUUAGAGCAUUCCACAGAAAAAGCUAAAUCUGAGAUGGCCACCACAGAAGUGAGAUCUGAAAAAUGUGACUGUAAGACAGCCACUACCAAGGUUAGACUUAAAGCUGCCAAGAAAAAGUGCUCUCUGGGUCGUCACCACACUGUUCUUCUCAAUCACUCCAUCAAGGUUAUGAGCAAUGUGUUUGAGAACCUCACCAAGGACGGCUGGGAGGAUGUGAGUGAAAGCAGCAGUGAUUCUGAAACACAGACCUCUCAAAAUUUGGGGACAAUUAUUGUGGAAACGUCCCAGAAAAUAAGCCCUACCGAAGAGAGACAAGACCACAAACAAAGUGAUAAAACAGAAAAUAACCAAAUGCAAGGAAAAGAAAUAGUACAAAUGUAUUCAAACAUGGAUGACAAGACCCCACAGGAUUACAAGAGUGUUAAAAAAAUGAAUUUUCGAAAGAAGAAUGAUAAUAUGCAUAAGAGUUCAUAUACAAUAGUUCCAACCAGAGUUAACAGAGAAAAGCACAAAAACAUAACUGCCCAGAAAUCACGUAGCAAUAUUAUUUUAUUACGGGAACGGAUUAUAUCCUUGCAACAGCAAAACGGUAUACUCCAAAAUGCCAAAAAAUCAGCAGAGUUGAGUGUUAAAGAAUAUAAAGAAGUCAACGAAAAACUUCUUCAUCAACAGAAAAUAUCUGAUCAACGUUUACAGACAAGCAGACAGACAAUAAAGAAGCUAACUUUGAAUUUGGCUGGGCUUCGGAAAGAAAAUGAAGAUCUACUUAAAAAAUUGGAGUCCUCAUCCGAAAUCACAAGUUUGGCAGAAGAAGUUGCCCAAGUAGCAGCUCCAUGUGUAUCAGUUACGUCGCUGGGCUCCUCAAGGAGCGUGGGUUUGGGAAUGAAGCGGCUGCAGUGCGAACUAAAGAAUGCAAGUAAUGAACUCACUAUACAGGCAUCAAAUGUGAAGUCUUUGAAAUUUGAACUCCUAACAAAAGAAGAACACAUAAAGGAGAUGCAUGAAAAAAUUUCUCGAAUGGAGAGGGAUAUAACUAUGAAAAGACAUUUGAUAGAGGACUUGAAAUUUCGUCAGAAAGUAAAUUCGGAAAGCAAUGAGAGUUUUAGUCAAAUGUUAGAAAAUCUUGAAAAAAAGGUGAAGACAUUAACUGAGGAAUGUUCUAAUAAAAAAGUAUUAAUUGAUUCACUAAGGCAAAGACUUAAUGUUGCUGUAAAAGAGAAGUCACAGUAUGAACAGAUGUAUCAGAAGACUAAAGAGGAGUUAGAAAAAAAGGAGUUCAAACUUACCCUCCUAACAUCAAAACUGAAUGAGACUGAAUCUGUAAUCACAGAAAUUGAAACAGCAGCAUCUAAGCAGCUUCAGGGAUUAGCACUGCAAAGUGAGCAGGUUCUAGAAGGUGCACAGAAGAAAUUGUUGUUAUCUAAUGAAAAAGUGGAAGAGUUCACUAUAUUUGUGAAGGGUUUGGUCAAAGAGUUACAAAACGAUGUCCAUGUGAUAAGGCAAAAAAUCAGAGAGUUUAAAAAAAUGCAGAGAAACAGAGAGGCUUGUAAAACGUCAACCCAUAAAGCUCAGACCUUGGCAGCUUCUAUCCUGAACAUUUCACGAUCGGAUCUCGAAGAAAUACUGGACACAGAAGAUGAAGUGGAAACGAAAAAGACAAAGAUAGACACUCAACAUGACAAAGAAUGGCUGAUGUACAUUGAGAAACUUCUUGAGGGACAGCUUCCUUUUGCCUCGUAUUUACUAGAAGCGGUACUGGAAAAAAUGAAUGAGAACAAGAAGCUACUUGAGGGAUAUUUCAAAAUUAUGAAAGAUAUUAGAUGAUAUUACAGGGGAGAAAUAGAGAGGUUUUUUUUGAAGAUGUGAAAACUUUUUUAUGUGUUAUGAUUGGAAAACAUAUAUUACAAUCUUGAUACAGUAUUUGCUGCAACUAUCAAUAGGUUCAAUACCAAAAUAUGUCUCUGAAAGUAAUUAAUUGCUGAACAAGUGAAAGUAAUUAAGUGCAUAGCCACUUAAAAGGAAAUAGUAUAGCAUUUGAUUGUUGAAUACAGAUAUUGCCACAAAUCAAUGCAAACUUAAAAAUGAUUUUUUCAAUGCUCUGGAAGAAACUAGAAAAAGUUUUGCAAAUGAGUCAGUAUAAAAAGAAAAUGGUGUAAACUAAGGACUUAAUGUUUUAAAAUUUACUUUAAAAACUAGACGUUUUAUAUAAAACCCCUAUAAAUAGUCUUAAGAGGGAUCCAGUGAACAUCACAUUAGUACUAUAAUGCAUAGAAUAAUGCAUUAUGACUUAGGGAUGAUCACUUAAUGAAACAAACUGUGUGGUCUAAUUGUAUCUAUUCUUGCUGAUAUACUGCAUUAUACAGAAAAGACUUUUUCUUGAGUGAUUGGACAAUAUGAAAACACCCCCUCCCAUUUGCAAUGCUUUGUUGAGUCAUAUAAGUUAACAAGGGGCUACAGUACAGACACAGAACGUACAAUUAGGCUUUAGAAUGUACACUAUGCUCAGCUAAAGUUACUUUUUUUAACAACGAUGUCAUUUUUUUUUUUUUUUUUUUGGUACCGGGGAUUGGACUCGGGUCCUUGCACU